CGCUCAACAGCGGGCAGGCAGACAGGACGCUCACAGCUGGAUGGAUAACAACGUCUCCAACAACAAGGAUGUAAACAUUUUUCGACAUUUUUUAAAAAGUUUAUCAGUAAAAAAAGAAGAAGCAGCAGCAGCAGCAGCAGCAGCAGCGGUUUACGUAAAGGACGUAAAAAUAACGGUGUCCACGACAGCCGGUAGAAAUCAAAGUGCUCCGUUUUAAUGAGUUGAGUUUAAGAUUUUCGUUAAAUUAGCAACUGAGCACACAGACAAACCAUGAUGGAGUCUAUUUUAGACAGUUUAACCGCGGAUAAACUGUACCCGCCCGGAGGAACCAACCUGUUGGACCUGGAGGAACUCAGCGAUGGAGAUUUCCUCACUAACGUGCCUUUCUCUGGAGAUCAGAUGGACGACUUCAGCAGCGAAUUAUUCAGCAGUUUCUUCGACGACCAUCUAUUAGAGCGCCCCCUGCUGGCAGACAGACCUUCACUUCUACAAAUGGACGAGGACAUGGAGAGCUGCCCAGAUAUUCAAGCGGAGCACAGCUACUCCCUCAGCGAAGACUCCGCCCCCCAGAGCCCAGCCCUGUCAAUCAAAAUGGACCAAGAAUCCGAAUUUGAAUGGAACUUCAGCCAGGACCUUUCAGCCAUCUUGGUGAAACAGGAGGAGCCCGAAGUGGUUCAAAGAUUAGACCCUCAGCCUCAGGAAGGCCCGCCCCUCAUAUUAAGCCCCCCCCCUCCACACAGAGGAUCAGCGUGGAAACACACGGAGCGAAGUCCAGACGAUGUGAAGCCAAAAGCCAUAAAAGACGAGCCCAGAGAGAUGGGACAGUACCUCAGCCUGCCCAGCGAUGACGCUCUCCAGCUCCCACCCACUCCUCCCAGCAGUAACCAUGGCGACAGUGACGGCUCCCUCCCCCCCUCCUCCCCUCACCUCCCUCUGCCACCUUCCUCCCCGCAGCCACAACAGAGGCCAGGAGGUCGAGCCUCUUCCUCCUCCUCCUCCUCCUCCUCCACUUCUUCCUCCUCGGCCAUCUCCUCUUCACCUCUCCUCACAGCUCCACAUAAGCUGCAGGGCUCAGGACCCCUCAUGCUGACAGAAGAAGAGAAGAGGACCCUGGUCGCUGAGGGAUACCCGGUCCCCAACAAACUCCCUCUCACCAAGAGUGAAGAGAAGGCACUGAAGAGGGUCCGACGGAAGAUUAAAAACAAGAUCUCAGCUCAGGAGAGUCGGAGGAAGAAGAAGGAGUACGUGGAAUGUCUGGAGAAGAAGGUGGAAAACUACACGUCAGAAAACAGCGACCUGUGGAGGAAAGUGGAAAACCUGGAGACUGCCAACAGGUCUCUCCUUCAGCAGCUCCAGAAGCUUCAGUCGUUGAUUUCAGGGAAAGUCGUCCCUCGUGCUUGUAAAAUGGCCUCAACUCAAACGGGGACAUGCCUCAUGAUGAUGGCGGUGUGUUUUGUCCUGGUGUUGGGCUCCUUCUCCCCCUGCCUCUCUCCUCUCUCCUUCCUCGCUGACUCCUCCUCCUUGUCCUCUGACUCCUCCUCCUCCCACCCCUCCUCCGCUCCUCUUCAGUCAGCGGACCUCUACACCACCAGUCAGGUCCGUUCCCGCAGUCUGCUCUUCUACGAUGAAGGGUCUCCUCUGGAGGAGGUUUUGGAGGGCGACAGGCUGCAGUCUGAAACCCACUCCCACGUUCAGAGCAGCAGAUACACAGCUGAGACGCAGAGAAACCAGACGACUGAGCCAAAAUCAGACCACAGAGAAACAAAAGCAGAAGGAGUCUCAGAGAUUUUCUGACCCCGCCUGACUCCUCCUCCUCCUCCUCCUCCUCUCACGACUUCUCAUCUCUGACCCCAAAACAAUAACCUCGAGAUUCCUCAACUCAGACCGCUUCACAUCAACAUCCAACUGGACCAAAACCUGCAUCAUCAUACGUACUCCACUUCCUGUCAGAUCCCCCCAUCGUCCACAGCCGGCUCACUGCCGUACGUAGUGCUUCACUUCUCACCUGAAAAUACUGGAUUUUAAAAAGACCACAAUGUUGGGAUUUUACAAGUUUUAGGAGGAUUUCAUCCUAAUUCUCAGUUAGACUAAAUCAUGUAUUUAUCAUAUAAAAAACCACAGAUCAACCUGUAGCGUUUUAAGAAUCAUAAUUCAUCACUAAAAACUAGUCAGACCUUUUCCAAGAAGAUACGACGGUGCACGUCAUUUAAGGUUGUUAAAAUAUAAAAAAUGAUCAGCUUCAUUUAGCCUCCAGAAUCAAGGUGGUAUUAUGGUGCGUUCCAUUUGAUCUCGGAUGUCAGAAACUCUGAGUUUCCUGUCUGAAACGUCAACAUUAACGCUCCCCUGAAGACGCAGUCUGACUUGAAAACUCAGAGAAUCUUCAGUAACCCGAGAGCGAGAUCUGAUUUCGGAGGUAAAUUGAACGCACCAUUAAUUAGCUCAUUGUUGUUCUAAUGUUGAGAGAAACACAGAAUGUCUGACAGAGCUCGACUGUGGGACUCUAGUUAAUGUACUGAACAGUAUUUGCCGUAUUUUCUCCGUAAAUGAUUUAAAUAAUGAAAAGAUGAUCAAAAUCGUAACUGAUUAAAAAGCUGUCUCUGAUCAUAGUAAUCGUAAGAGCACACAAUGAACGCAACAGACUUGUAAAAAGACAGCGGUGCCAUUUUAAAAGUGCCUUCCUCUUAUUUCAGACCAACUUGGCCUUAAAUGAAAAGCCGACUCACCUGAAGUCUAAAGUAGGUUUAAGUAGUUCGAAUCACUCUGCGUCUCGUGUCUUUUAAACAAUCAUAAACACCUUGAAUGUGGACAUUAUUUUAUAUGACCUUUUUGUGAAUGCACUUUGUUUGAACCUUUAACUAAAACUGUUUGAUGAUGUGUUUACAGCUGAGAAAUACGACAAAACAACAACAAAAUGAUGAAAUAUUCUUUAAAGGUCACAUAUUCUCCUCCUCUUCAACAAUCAGUUUAAAUAAGUCUAUGAACCCCUCUAUUUCAGCCCUGCUCAGAACAGGCUGUUUCUGUGUCUGUACCUUUAAAUAUGUAAAUGAGCUGUGUCUGACCACGCCCCCCUCUCUGGAAGGGGCUUGGGUGUACUCGGUGCUUUCUCGCUCCAUGUCCUAUUGUUUACGGUGAGAAGGCAGACUCAGAGGGCAGAACAAACACCUAGCUGUGGGAGUGUCACCCACCUGGGGGAGGGGCUACUGCCCUUUGUGAUGUCAUGAAGGGAAAAUCUCCAAACGGCCUGUUUGAGCACACAUUUUCUGAAAAGUGGAGCAGGGAGAAGACAGAGAGGAUGGACUUUUCUCAUCAUUGGGGGGUUUGUAGACAGACUAGAGACACAUAUUAGUUUUAGAGAAACAUGGGGAAGUGUGUUUUGCAGAAUAUGUGACCUUUAAUUAAAAUUUUUCAUCCGUCUCUGAAGUUAAAUUAACUUUCUGUCUUUGAAUUCAAAUCAAACUUCUGCAUCAUUCCACGGGGAAACCAUAUUUUCAUAUCCAGGGACUGUUAACGGGGUCCUGACGGAGGUUGUUGGGAAACGUCACAUAAAAAGUAUUUUUUAUGGAAUUAUAAAUUGUACAUAUAAUAUAUUUGCAGCAUCGAAAAAAAAGAGCAUAUUUAAUUUAUGCAACAAAAAAAAAUGUUUUUAAGAUUAGUCGAUCUUAAUGUCUUGUUUUUUUUCUAAAUAACGUUUACAAAAAAACCUUAAAAAUACGUCUUAUAAUAUAUUGUGAGCAUCAGAAAAGAGCAUAUUUAUUUUAUGCACAAAAAAAGAGGAAGUGUCUGUUGUGAUGUUAAGGAUGAAGAAGUUUUACACGAUGGUGUGUCGUCGUUCACAUGCUGCUUCAUGGAUGUAAAACUUUGACCUGUUUGUCUUUUAACUGUAAUACAGUGUUUGUUCCACUGCUGUCGCAUGAAAUACUAAAUUAAUCCACUUAAAGUCAGGGUUGGUGAUUUCCUCCAGAUCCACUUUUUAAGAUUUUGGUUGAAAUUGUCUUUAUUGCAGACGGAGCACUGAGGGAAUGCUACUUUCAAAAUCAUGUUAGUUUUAGAAAAUGACCAACCCUUCCUUUAAAGUUAAACAAACUUCAACUUUGACCCUCAGGUUGAUCUCUUUGUUGCUAUGACAACGCCAAAAAUGGACCACAGACUCUUAGAAGAAUGAACCUAAUGUAGUUUCUCCCCCCUUGUAUAUGAAAUGAAUUGACUGGACGAGCUCAUGCGACAGCGGUGUGUGUUGUAUUUAUUCCUGUUUGUAGAAAGUGUGUAUAUAUUGAUGAAGCCAAUCAGGAGACGAAAAACAUUCCAGGAAUUAAAAAAAAAAACCACUAGCUUUAUUAUCUCCACACAUUGAAGGAACUUUACUCUUUGAUUUUCUGACAGAUUUAGAAAACGACUGUUACAAAAUGUUCAUUUCCUUCACAUCUCCAAACUUGUAAAGACGAAUACUUGGGAGUGUUCUGUAUUGAAAGUCACAGAUUUUCUUUAUUGUGUUCUUUUUUUUUACGAGUUUUAUUUUGUGUCCCUUUUGAAAAAAAUGUCAAAAUGUUUUUGUGACUGCAGCCCGCAGCACAAACAUCCCAAUGUUUCUCAUCCUUAAAGGGGAGUUCUGGUAGUUUUCAACCUCGGCCCAAUUUUUUGCAUGUUUACAAAUGUAAAGAUUUCAAUGUGUUAGUGACUGAAAUAUCUAAAAGCUUUGGGGUUGCUUUAGUCGGAAGCAAUGAAUAAGUCUAAGUGACAAUAUCACAGAGAGAGACCUUUAUGUUACAGAGGAAGACAAUUUAUCAACCACCAGACUCCACUGACAAAAACAGUCGUUUAAAGUUUCAGAAACAAUGAAGCCGAUGCUGAAGUGUAAAACCCUGCAGUCCCUCGAGUGUCCACUAGAGGCUGGCUGCAGAAGCGCAGGAAGUCACAUACACACCCAUUCAAAAAAGCAGAAAUUAAAAUGUUUACAGCCCGGUUCAAAAAAACUAAAAAGUCAGAUUAGCUGACGUCUCGAUCAGCACUUAUGGAUCGCUGGUUUUGUCAAUGGAGUUUGGUGUUUUUGAAUAAAGUGAUAUAACGGAUGUCUCAAAGACUAAAACAAACAUCUUGGCUCAUUCUUAAAAACAACAAUCAUUAGCGGAUGUUCUUUGCAGCCAUUACCGCUCGGCUGCAGGCUGAACCGAUCGUCUGCAGAAACAGUUUGAAUAGAUCAGUGAUUUUAAAACACCAACACGUGUAAAAAAAAAUGCAGCCCAGGUUAAAAACAUGAUACUGGAAUCCCCCUUUCACAGUCGUAACGCACCAGUGUACAUAAAUAAUGACAACAAAAUGUGCAGUUGUUGUAAAUAAGGGCCUUUUCUGUUUUUGUUUUUUUUGUAUUGUGAGAUUGUUGAAUGACGUGGAAAAGAAAAAAAAAGAAUCAGUGGAGUGAAGGCGGAUCUAAGGAGGGAGGGAGGGUUUAAAAAAUGAACAUAAAAGGAGGGAGGGAGACUUUUUCCACUUGUAAAGGAACUGCGAUAACACGGCGGCUGCACACAGUUUAAAUAAUUGUACAACUCCAGGAGGUGCUUGACAUUUACCCACGGAUAAUGGAGCACGUUCCAGGACGUUAUUUGAAAUGUGACAUGUUCACCUGUUGUCUUGGUUUGUUGUAUAGCGUCUUGCAUGUUCCUCCAUAUACAACUAUGUUAUCUUAGUGUAGUCCGUAGAGUAGAAACCAGCAAAAUAUUAAAAAACUGCAUCAGCAA